AUGGCUUCUUCCGUCCUCCACGUCCUCCCGCUCGUCCUUGUCCUCCUCGCUGCCGCUGCCGACGCGGCCACCUUCACCGUAACCAACAACUGCCCGUACACCGUGUGGGCGGCGGCGGUGCCGGGCGGCGGGCAGCAGCUGGACAACGGGCAGACGUGGAGCAUCGACGUGCCGGCGGGCACCACGGGCGGCCGCGUGUGGGCGCGCACGGGCUGCUCCUUCGACGGCAGCGGCAACGGGCGGUGCCAGACGGGCGACUGCGGCGGCGUGCUGCAGUGCACGCAGUACGGGCAGCCGCCCAACACGCUGGCCGAGUACGGGCUGAACCAGUUCCUGUUAGCGACCCAUACUAUACUUAGUUAG